AAGAACAAGAAUAGCACCGCUUCCUGGUGACGUAAACACAGAACCAUGAAGGUACAAUUAUAAGCACUUAGUUUACAAUCGAUUUUCUAUCAUAGCUACACCCGAAAGACAUCGGCGAAAAUGUUCAAAGGGUGGGGAACGUGGCUGGGUAUAGAGAACACAUCGACGACAGAGGAGAGCGAAGUGGCUGACGUUGCUGUGGAGGAGAAAAUUGUUCAAGACCAAAAUGAAGUAAACAAACAACACGAACCUCCAGCAACAGAAGAACUGGGGCAGGAGGACGGAGACACCGUCCAACUCAUCUCUCAGCAAGCUAAAGGAUUCGGUGGCUUAAUAUUCAACUUUGCCAGCAAUGCCACCAAGAAGAUCUCCAACUCUGUGGCAGAGACUGCACACACCAUCAAGAAGAGCGUGGAAGAAGGGAACAUAGAUGGAAUUUUUGACAAGACUAUUUUGGGGGAUUUCAAAAAAGAACAGGACAAAUUUGUCCAAGAAAAGAAAGCUAAGAAGUCAGACACAGCUGUACCACCAUGGGUUGGCUACAGUGAGGAAGAGACCAUGCAGCAACAGAUCCUGGCUUUGUCCGCUGACAGGAGGAACUUCCUGAGAGACCCACCAGCUGGAGUUCAGUUCCAGUUCGACUCUGAGCAGAUGUAUCCUAUCGCCAUGGUGAUGCUGCAGGAAGAUGAGCUACUGAACAGGAUGCGCUUCGACCUGGUCCCCAAACAAGUGAAGGAGGAUGUGUUCUGGAGGAACUACUUCUACCGUGUGUCCCUGAUAAAGCAGUCGGCCCAGCUCACUGCCCUGGCAGCACAGCAGCAGGCUGUAGACAACAGAGAGGAGCAGAAGACCAUCAGCCCGGAGGGUGUCAGCCUCACAGAAAAUACCAUCAGACCAAAAACACCUCCAGUAUCCAUUAGUGACAUUCCCAAGAGUGGAGAGCAGGAGGAAGAGGAGAAUGAGAUCUCCACCAGCCCUGGGGUCUCCGAGUUUGUGAGCGAUGCCUUUGACUCCUGUAACAUCGACCAUGAAGACCUGAGGAAAGAGAUGGAACAGCUGGUGCUGGACAAGAAGGAGGACGCUGCAACUCCAGAGGAGGAGACAGCGGACUGGGAGAAGGAACUCCAGGCAGAGUUACAGGAGUAUGAGGUAGUGACGGAGGCAGACAACAAAGAUGACAACUGGGAUAAAGAGAUCGAGAAGAUGCUUCAGUCGGACGAGUAGAGUGAUGACCGACCCAUCUUGCUUCAGUCUAGUAUCUCUGAUAUGAGAGAGAGCACCAUGAAGGAUCAGAAACCAUGACAGUGUCUUAGUCUAGACCAUAGAAAUAGAAUGGUAUAGAAAUGAAGGGAACCACUGCAUACAAAUCAUAAACUGUUUGUUUCAGCACAGUCUAGAAUGGGAACAUCUAUGGGGUUAUUCUGAUCUGGUGGUGGUCAGGUGUUGAAAUACUGUAUAAUAUACAUUUUCUGUCUGUACAGUUUAGUGGCUGGCUGACAUUUUAGCUGUGAACGUUUAUGGGCGGGGAGGCAACUGACAUAUUGCAUAUUGUUAUUUUUUCUCUAUUCUGUUAUUUUCUUUUUCUGGAAUUCUUUCACACUUGAUGUGUACAUCUAUCCAAAUAAUACUUGUUUCUGUGCUACUCAAAUCCUGUCUUCAGUUUUUCCCUAAUAAAUAUACUUCUUUCCCAUUG